AUUCAGCCCAAUCUCUGUAGCUCAUCUCCAGGUUGAGCUUUUAUCAUAACUAACAGGAGAAAAAAUUCCUUUGAAUGGAAGAGACAUUCUCCUUGUUAGACUCUGAAAGUGAAGCACGUGCACAUGGCCCUGGUGCUUUUGCUGCUGGAGUCAUUAAAUCAGUUUAAUUUGGCUGUUUCCAUGUGCCUGGUUCAUGGCAGGCAGCACCAACACACCGAAGCUUGGGCGCCCUCCUGCAGGAAGGCCGGGGCUUCAGGAAGGGGAAGAAGGCAAGUAGGAAACUGAAAACCAGCCUCAGGGAGUGACAGUUUGCCACUGGUUGAUUAGGAGGAUUGAAAUAACCCAUUAGGGAGCAGGCAGGAGAAAUUUGUUGGUCUCAUGAAGCGAGCAGCUGCUGCUUUUAGAUCCAUGCACAGGAGCUGCCAGGCCCAACAGAGGAUGGGCCCAGGAGAUGUUUUUGCUUAGGAGGGGGAAAAUGCUGUGCAGCUGAUCUCAGUGAGCUGAGCUGUGAGGGAAGGGCUCUACACCAUGGCAGUACAGGGGUCAAACAUCCCCAAGGAUGUGCCUGUAAAUGGUGUUUCCAUCUGGUGUUGGGGAGAGAAGGAACAAGCCCUGUGCCCUGAGGGCUGGGACAGUGGGAUGUGGCUGUCAGGGGCACUGAAACACCCAGCAGAGGUAAAAUUAUUGCAGAGGAAGAACAAGAAGGAAUGUGAGAAAGGGAAUUAAAUAACUCCUGGUCCUGGACAGAGUGGUCAGUCCCCCUGACUCUGAGUGAACAUUCUGUUGCCCAGCAACUAUUAAGUUGCCAAGUAAACAUUCACAGAGGUUGGAGUAGCCACAGGGCCUCUCUGCAGGGCUGGAGUAGCCACGGGGCUGCAGAGGCCGUAGGUCAAGGAAGGUGUCAGGAAAGCAGAGGCAAGAGGCUCCCAGGCUCAUCCCCUGCCUGGUGCCUCCCCACUGAGCCCUCAGGGUGAGGGGCAGCCCUGAGCUGAGCUGGGAAAGGAGCAGUGCUAGCAGGACCUGGGCUCUCUGUUUCCUGCUGGUGGCUGGAGCAAUGGAGACCUGGAGAAAACAAGAGAUGUCAGCCCAUUUCCUCAGGAUGUGCAAGGUGGAGCUCCCUUCCUUCCUCAGGGAACUCAGAGAGAGAGAGGAAGACUCCCAAUCUUCAUUUAUUCAGCUCUUGAAGAAGAAGAAAGAAGCCCGAGAGAUGGAAAAGGCCAUGGUAGAGAAGGAAGAGGCCUUCAGGGAGAAGAUGAAAGCCAUCGCUGACCGAUGGAGGGACCUGCACGCCAAGAGGGCCCAGCUGAAAGCCCGUGUGGAGAGGUCUGGAAGGACUGUGCAGAAAAAUGAAGAGUUACGGAUCCAGGCUCUGAAGAUAAACAAUAUACGGAGAGAGGAGAAGAUUAAAAAGGAUUGUGAGCUUUUGAGAGCCAAGAUGGAACUGGAAACCCUCAGAAAAAAACACCGGAAACUCUACAAAAAAGUGCAGAAGUACUCCAUCUUCAAGAAAUACCUCGAGGAUGUGGUGGAGGUCUCACAGUUUGAGGACAUCUCAGAAGUCACUGCAGAGUACAAGUUGCUGGUGAGGACACGGAAGGACCUUCUGCAGUCACAACAGGGGCACAAGCAACUGACUGAGCAGGACAACAUGUUCCUGGAGCAGUACAAAGCACAGAAAGGAGCUGAGAUGCUUCAGUACAAAAAUGAGCUGGUGCAGCUCAAACUACGUUUUUAUCAGGCUCAAAGUGACAUCCCCCUCUGGGAGGCUCAUUGGGCUGACAUCCAGGACAGGACUUCCAAGAAAACCAGGAAGCUGUGGACUAUCAAGCUGGCCAUCCACAACCUUUUCCAGUCCACCAACACACGGCUGCAGGCAGAGUGGAAUGUGUUGGAGUGUAACAGCUGCAGACAGCUGAACAUGGUGACAUUUGCCAUCUGAAAGGGCCAACAGGCCCCCCUGUGACUCCUGUUGCCAUCCCUGCCCUGAGCUCUGCCAUCUCUCUUUUCCACCCUAGAUACAGGAGUUUAUUCAACACCUUAAAGACAUCCAGUUCUAUGCAGGAGAUGCAGAAGCACUAGAGGGUUGCUGGACCUCUGAAGACAAAAGGGACGUGGCAGCAUGACCUGUCCUGCCAGUGAAGGUUCAGUGGGUUGAGAAGGGAAAAGAGGACAAGAGAACCCUACAGAUACCCUAGACUAAAAUAAAUAAUAAAGGUGUUUCGUCAUUUCCUGGGAAGAUUGGACACAUCAGAGCAGCUCCAUGCCACAGCUUCACCCCAGACAGCACUGGGGGCCUUCCUUAGAAUUCUGACACAGUGUUCCUGCAAGGCUGGCAAGACUGUGAGAGCAGGCUGGGACAGGAGUAUGGUUUCAAACAGGGAUCAGUACUAAUGUUCACAUUUGGACAUCCCACUCAACCUAAGCUCUUAGAUAUUUGAGAGACACGUCACAACGAGGUGGGGAGACUGUGCUUCAGAAGAGCUUCAGAGAGUUCCCACCACCACACCCAGCGCUUCCAUGGAUGUGGAUUUCUCUGCACAGCCAUGUGUUAUGGACUAAAGCUCACCUUCCCCCUAAGAUCUUAGGGAAAGUGUGAAGAAUGGAUAUAGGUGACAGAUGAACCAGCCAAAGCUGAGCAUUUAGCUGCCCAUCAUGUGUGCCACCAAGAUGAAUGUAAAACAAGAGGACUAACAGUGGCUCUGGGGACACACUGUGGUGGUCAGUCAGGCUCCACAGUCUUUUGGGGAGAUCCUUUUUAUGCACCAAGGCCACAGUGACAUAAGCUUACAGAUUUUGAGGCAAGAGGCCAUUGAUCACAUGCUCUUGCUCCCUGCUCUUCUGUCCUGAGCUGGGGGAAGAAGAGGAAAUAAAACUCUCUGAGACUGGGGAAGGGUUGCACCGUGCAAUGCAGAAAUGCUGUGUGUGAUGCUCAGCUGUCCCCAGACUUUGAGUGGGAUUUGGGAGGAGCAGGGCUGGAAAUGGAGCAUCAGGGAAUGAGCUUUGAGGGCAUGUCCCAAAACACCCACCGCUCAUUCAGAGAGAUGUUUCCAUCUUCCUCAUCCUCACUGUGGUGACUUGUUCAGAGGGAUGUUUCUACUUUCCCCAUCCUCACCGUGGAGCAGUGUCCUUGCAAUUGCUGGCUUUUUUAGGUCAUGGUCUAGAGAUAAUUUGGAAGAAUUAAAAAUUGGUGUUAAAAAAGCA